AUGGUGGCCGCCGUGGUGAUAUCCCUGUGCUUCUUCGCUGCGGUGACUAUGGCGCAACUGCCGUCGCCGGAAAUCCUCGCCCUCCUUGAGUUCAAGAAGGGGAUCAACCACGAUCCAACCGGCUACAUCCUCGAAUCGUGGAACGAGGAGGCCAUUGAUUUCAAUGGCUGUCCAUCGUCCUGGAACGGCAUCGUCUGCAAUGGCGCCGAAGUGGCCGGCGUGGUUCUGGACAAUCUCGGCCUCGUCGGCGACGGUAACCUGAACGCCUUCGCGAAACUUUCCAUGCUGAUGAAGCUUUCCAUGGCCAACAAUUCCAUCUCGGGCAAGUUACCGAGGGAGUUGGGAGACUUCAAGAGUCUCGAGUACCUUGACAUCUCCAACAAUCUCUUCUCUGGUGGUAUCCCGGAAGAGGUCGGCAAGCUGAGAAGUUUGCAGAACCUCUCCUUAGCCGGGAACAGCUUUUCCGGUCGACUGCCGAUCUCCAUCGGGGAGCUUAUCUCUCUCCGGUCGCUCGAUCUCAGCAGGAACAAUCUCUCUGGCCCGCUAACCUCCAGGCUGACGGAUCUGAAGAGCCUUGUGAGCUUGAAUCUCUCCUCCAACAGCUUCUCCCGCAGGAUAAUCACCGGGUUAGAGGAGAUUCGGACGCUGGAAGAGCUCGAUUUGAGCUGGAACCAUCUCGAGGGGGGCAUCGAGUGGACCUUCCUCAUAGAAUCGAACGCUGUCCACGUCGACCUCAGCGGGAAUUCUCUGAUCAGCCUGGGUCCCAAGGAAAUGAAAUUCCUGUCGGACGUCGCCGGCAGCCUGAGGUACCUGAAUCUGAGCUAUAACCAGUUGACGGGGUCUCUGAUCAAUGGCGAAGGGGGAAUAUCCACCUUUGGGAGUUUGAGGGUGCUGGAUUUGAGCCACAACAGGCUCUCCGGCGAGCUGCCAGGCUUCGACUACGUCUACAAUCUCGAGGUCCUCAGGCUCGGAAAUAAUGGAUUCUCUGGCUUCGUACCCGGCGGGCUAUUGGAAGAGGACUCUCUCGUGCUCUCGGAAUUGGACCUGAGCUCGAAUAAUCUCUCAGGUAAUCAAAUAAUCUGGUUUCUGAAGAUAAAUCCUGAGUGAUGAUACCCAGUUUCCUGUGAAGUCUCUCUGGUCUCUCUAGGAUUUGGAGAACUGAUGGGAUUGGGAUUGGGUAGUGUUCUUGUCUGAAUCUGACUCUUUCUUGCGGAUUUCCAAUUCCUCUGAGAUAUGUUUCAAGCUGCUUGCCGGCGUGGAAUUCGUCUGCCGUCUUCUUUCAGCUCGUCCUGCUCAUCAGGAAGAGAGACUAAUAAUCUGCAGAUGAUGCCAUGGUUACGGUGCAGGACACAUUGGGAUGAUCACCUCGACGACCCUCCAGUACCUCAACCUCUCCUCCAACUCCAUCACCGGCGAGCUCCCUCUGCUCACCGGGGGCUGCACGGUGCUGGAUCUCUCCGGCAACAGCUUCACGGGGAACCUGUCCGCCAUGGCCAAGUGGGGGAACGGCCUCGAGUUCAUCGACCUCAGCCGGAACCAACUGGCGGGCUCCUUCCCCCCGGUGACAUCCCAGUUCCUCCGGUUAAACCAUCUCAACAUCUCCCACAACGCUCUCUCCGGAGCUCUGCCCCCAUAUCUCGCCGCGCUGUACAGCAAGCUCACCGUCCUCGACCUCAGCUUCAACAGGUUCGUCGGUGCCGUGACGGUGGAGCUGCUGCUCUCCGCGACCCUCGAGGAGCUCCGCCUGCAGGAGAACCUCCUCGAGGGGGGCAUCUCCUUCUCUCAGUCCGGCUCGUCGGAGAAGAGGAGGUCGGGUCUCCUGGUUCUUGACCUGUCCGGGAACAGGCUCAACGGAAGCCUCGGAGUCGGUGGUUUCAGGAGCUUUGCCGGACUCCAGGUGCUUGACGUCGCCAGAAACAGAUUCUCCGGCCGUCUGCCGGCGGCACUGUCGGAGCUCAUCUCUCUCACCACCCUGGAUAUCUCCGGGAACCAGUUCACUGGGCGUCUGCCUGAAACCCUACCGGACAUGCUGGUGAGCUUCAAUGCAUCGUACAAUGACCUCUCCGGGGUCGUCCCUGAGAACCUGCGCAAGUUCCCUGAAUCGUCUUUCCGCCCGGGGAACGCCAGACUGCUGUUCCCCGGCGUUCCGGCCGGGCACGGCGGCGCUUCUCCCGGCGGAAGCUCCUCCUCCCACCGGCCCGUUAGGGCGGUCGUCAAGCUGGCGGCGAUCCUGGCCUCAGUUGCCGUGGUCCUGAUUCUAAUCCUUGCGGUCGUCGUCGUAAGUUGCAGGAGGAUCUCCCGGAGCUCCCCGUCGGAAGAGGAGGCCUCCGGCAAGGCCUUCAAGGGCGCGGCAGCAGCCGGCAGCGGAGCGAAGAAAGGGGGCGGCGCUUCCUCCGAGGCCCUCAGCGUGGACGAGAAGGCAGUCACUGUCGCCGCCGCCGCCGGCACCGCCACCUCCGCCGGCACUGGCGGCUUCUCCCCGACGAAGCCCAGCCGGUUCUCCUGGUCGCCGGAGUCUGGUGAGUCGUACCUGGCGGAGCACCGGGGGAAGAUGGACAACAUGCACUCGCCCGGGCGGCUCGCCGGUGACCUGCACUUUUUGGACGACGCCAUCGCGCUGACAGCGGAGCAGCUGUCGCGGGCGCCGGCGGAGGUGCUGGGGCGGAGCAGCCAUGGCACCUCCUACAAGGCCACCCUCGACAACGGCAUCCUCCUGACAGUGAAGUGGCUGCGGGAAGGCGUGGCCAAGCCCAAAAGGGACUUCGCCCGGGAGGCGAAGAAGUUCGCCAACAUCCGCCACCCUAACGUCGUCCCUCUCCGGGGCUACUACUGGGGCCCCACCCAGCACGAGAAACUCAUCCUCUCCGACUUCGUCGCCCCCGGCAGCCUCGCCGCCUUCCUCUACGGUGUGCCACCUCCACCACCGUCGCCGCCGACGCUUCUGUUCGCCAAGUUCGGAUUCCUUGCUAACUUUUUUCUUCCUUUCUUUCUUUCCUGCUUUUUCUGUGGGUGAUGCCGCGUGCAGAUCGGCCGGGGAGGAGGGGCCCGCCGCUGACGUGGGUGCAACGUCUGAGAAUCGCCGUGGACGUGGCGAGGGGGAUGAACUACCUACACUUCGACCGCACCGCCCCCCACGGGAACCUGAAGGCGACCAACAUCCUGCUGGACGGGUUGGAGCUGAACGCGAGGGUGGCGGACUACUGCCUCCACCGGCUGAUGACGGCGGCGGGGACGGUGGAGCAGGUGCUCGACUCCGGGGUGCUGGGAUACCGUGCGCCGGAGCUGGCGGCUGCCCGGAAGCCGUCCCCAUCGUUCAAGUCCGACGUGUACGCCUUCGGGGUCGUCCUGCUGGAGCUUCUCACCGGGCGGUGCGCCGGGGACGUCGUCUCGGGAGAGGAGGGAGGGGUCGACCUCACUGACUGGGUCCGGCUCCGUGUCGCCGGCGGCCGUGGCUCCGACUGCUUCGACCCCUUCGCCGUCGCCUCUGACACGCAGGCUGCAAAGGGCAUGAAGGAGGUCCUCGGCCUCGCCCUCCGCUGCCUUCGCCCCCCGUCCGAGCGCCCGGGCAUCAAGUCCGUCUACGAGGAUCUCUCCUCCAUCUGA